GUCGAGCUGAAUCUCUACACCUUUUUCGACAGCCGGCUGUAAUGUUAUCAUAAAAAUUGACUUGCACCUGUACGAUUAGAUUGGAGACUUUAGGACUCCUAGCAGCAUGGCUCAUCACGGAGCCUCGGCCCAUGGGGACGUCCUUGAGAACGACGAUUCCCCCACUGCGACAUCCAACCCGGACCUCGAGGCCCGCCAAUUCACAACAGCAAAAGCGCCAGCAAAGGACGAUUCCUCCCAGAAUCAGCACCAUAAUGCCUCACACCCAGAGCCAGCCACGGGCACGCCCCUGACGCCCACCAUCUCGGCAACAUCAUUCACCGCCGCACCGACCAAUGACGACGACGACUAUCCAGAUGGAGGCCUGGCAGCCUGGUCGGUCGUGUUUGGCGCGUGGUGCGCGUUCCUGUGCACCUUUGGCAUGUUCAACUGCUCGGGCAUCUUUGUCCAGGUGUAUCACGACGACAUCCUGCGUGACAGCAGCCUGGCCUUGAUCUCGUGGAUCCCGGCAAUCCAGGGCUUUGCUAUGGACAGCAGCACGGCUGCCGUCGGCCGCGCCUUCGACUCGUACGGCCACCGCUGGCUGCUCUACAGCGGCACGCUCAUCUUCAUCCUGGGCCUCAUGAUGACCUCGCUCUCCACGCAGUACUACCAUUUCAUCCUGGCGCAGGGCAUAGUCAGCGGCAUCGGCCAGUCGUGCAUCGCGACCACGACCAUGGCGUGCAUCAUGACGUGGUUCAAGCGCCGGCGCGCGGCCGCGCUGGGCAUCGCCAUCUCCGGUUCCGGGGUCGGCGGCGUGGUCUUGCCCAUCAUCCUCACGCAGCUCAUCCCCCGGAUCGGGUUCGGCUGGGCCAUGCGCGUCGUGGGUUUCUUGUGCUUAUGCCUGUGCGUCACGGCGUGCGUGCUCGUGAGCUCACGGCUCAAGCCCAAGCCCGAGCCGCUGCUAUUGAAGGACUACACGGCUCCGUUCAAGGAGAGGACGUCGGCGCUGUUGUUUGUCGGGUGCUUCUUGUUCUUCGGGGGCAUGUUUGUGCCGCAGAACUACAUCGUCGUGCAGGCCAGGCAGGCGGGCGUGAGCGAGAAUUUUGUGGCUUACCUGAUCUCCAUCUGGAGUGCAUCAAGCAUCCCCGGUCGGAUCAUCCCUGGCCUCCUCGCCGACAGGAUGGGCCGCUUCAACCUCACCACGCUCUGGCUCCUUGCGUCCGGCGUCCUCACCCUCGCGCUGUGGCUGCCCGGCGUCCACAGCACGCCCGCCCUCGUCGCGUACGCCGUGCUCUUCGGCUUCGUGUCCGGCUCCAUCUUCAACCUGGCCCCGGCCUGCGUCGCGCAGGUCAGCAAGAUCCGCGAGGUUGGUACGCGCACAGGCAUCGCGUUCGGCCUCGGUGGCGUCGGGGUGCUCAUCUCGCCGCCCAUCGCGGGCGCGAUCCUGGAGAGCAUGGGCGGCAAGGACUACUGGGGCUUGCAGGUGUUCUGUGGGCUCGAGAUGCUUGCUGGCAUGGCGUGCUUUGCUGCUGCCAGAGUGCUGCAGAGCGGAUGGGGUUGGACGAAAGUGUAGAAAUGGGCUGUGGUGAGACGGGGACAGGUAACAUUCCCGCAUACAUGUCAUUCUAAGGUUAAGAAAAAGGUGAAUACAAGUGUGGGUUCUAUGUCCCGUAAUCCCCCCAGCUAGAGCGCAUCCAGUUCGUGCCUGUAUGUCGCACUCUCCAAAGUAUUUGUGACGGAUAUCCAGCUCAGACCCAUCGACAACCUCCUUUCGCUAU